AUGUCGAUAAGGACGGUAAUUCAAAGCAUUGAAUCGGAAUCCGGGUUUCUACAGCCGGCGCUAGAUAUCGUCGCUACCAUACCUGUUGACGCCCAAUCUAACAAAAUACCUAUUAGUUUGGUGGUGGGUUUCAAGCAAGAAUACCCAUUGAAGUCUGCUUCAUCUCUGGCCUGUUACUACUACGCCAUUCCACUAACAAAGGACAGAUACAUGAAUUCCAAAUCUGGUGGAAGUGGCGUUGUGGGAAUACCGUUAUUGGAUACUAAUAACGAUAAAAUUCGUGAUAUAGCUAGGCGGUUGGCCACAAUAAUAUCUGAAAAAUUCAAAAGACCAUGCUACAUAACGUGGUCAUCUCUGCCCGACGAAGAUUCAUCUAUGUUGAUAGCAAACCAUUUGUACAUUUUAAAUAAGUGCCUGAAUUUCCUGAAAGCAGAGCUCAGUAGGCAAAAGUAG